AUGAAGCCAUCGACCCUUUUCCACAUCAGCCUCGCCUUGUUCAGCACCGCCAAUGCCGCUCCUGUGCCCGAGGAAGGCGUAACAAGUGUCGACCAGGCCGAUCGCCCCAUUCAAUGGCUAAAGCGCGAAGACGCACCCGUCAGCGUUGACCGGGCUGAUCGCCCUAUUCAGUGGCUCAAGCGCGAGGACGCACCCGCUAGCGUUAAUGACGCUACUGUUGACCGUGUUAAUCGAAUUAUCGUCUGGAAGCGAGAGGCCGAGGCUCCCACCAAGGCCGAUGAUGUUUCGGUUGACCGUGUUAACCGCAUCAUCGUCUGGUAA